AAAAUUUCCAUUAGUUAUCAUAAUUCUAAUAAGUAUCUCAAAUUUAAGGAUUUUUUAGAAAAUUGUCAUAAUAAGUUUGAAAUAAUUAAUUUAAAUCAUACUGUUGAGUUAAACUUUCUUAAAAUUGUUUUAAAUUAUAUUGAAAGAAGUAAUAAUAGUUUAAAAAUUCUUGGUUUGAUCAAUGUGAAUGAAAGAUUGAAUGAUGAAGAAUCAAUGUUAUUGAAUAGUAUUAAAGCUAAAGGGAUUAAAAUAAUGGAAUUUCAUAAUUUAAAUGGUGUUUGUGAAGGGUUGGAGGCAUAAG